UGGAAGCAGAGUGACUGGUUCGGAAGGCCACAACCAAACAAUCGAGUACAUCCAAGACCAGCUCACCUCAUUAGGUUACUACGUCGAAGUCCAGCGCUUCGAAGGUUUAAUGCAAGUCGAAGGCCAUGCCUCUGUCGCAGUGAACGGUGACCUUUUCGAUGUUGAACCAAUCGGGUGGUCUCCUAACGGCAAUUUUUCCGAUCGUCCUCUUAUACCUGUAAAUGGGGCAGGAUGCAGAGCAGUCGACUAUCCACAAGAAGCAUUGGAUAGCAUCGUAUUAGUAGCUGGGGGCGAAUGUUCGGCCUCCGACAAGUCAAUCGCCGCGGGUAAAGCUGGAGCUAAGGCCAUUCUGCUACAUGAAUCCACACAACUUACUCCGAGCAUGGGAGGAUUAGAUGAUCGUCAUAUCCCAUCGGCCAUAAUAUCUGAAAAGGAUGCGCAUCAAAUACGAAGUACGAACAACCCGUUAUGGGCCAACAUCUUAGAAAUUAAGACACAAUAUACGACAGUCUCAAGCUACAACGUGUUUGCAACCUAGGAAUAUGGAAACGAGGAAAACACGAUGUUGGUUGGGACACAUACCGAUUCGGUCAGUACCAGCUCAGGCAUCAAUGACAACGCGAGUGGUAUAGCUGCGCUCUUGGAAGUGGCUACUCAACUCGCCAAGUUCAGAACGAAUUCAAGAAUCAAAUUUGCUUUCUGGACAGCUGCCGAGCCAUGCUUGCUUGGAUCGAAACACUGGAUUUCCAACACUCAUGAAGAAGAGCUUCGGAAUAUCCGCCUUUAUUUCGAUGUCAAUAUGAUCGGUUCUCCCAACGGCGCCCUCAAGAUAUACGAUGGGAAUGGUACCACUUACAAAAGGCCUGGCCCACCUGGCUCUGGAGACGCUGAGUUGGUUGUGGCAAAAGGAUUCGAAACUCAAGGCGCACCUUUCAAGAGGACCGAAAUCAGCAACCGCAGUGAUUAUGCCCCAUUUAUUGACGCCCACAUCCCAAUUGCAGGGCUAUUUAGCGGCGCCAAUGGCAUCAAAACUUCAGAUGAGGCAGCCAUGUUUGGAGGUGAGGCCGGAGUUCCAUACGACAUCAAUUACCACAAAGCAGAGGACGAAAUCCAAUACAUCAAUGGGACUACAUUGCUACUAAACACUAAAGCAUUAGCUUAUGUUAUCGGCAUCUACGGAAGGAGCUUCGAAGGAUUCAAUGCCAAAUCAAAAGCCUGGCGCUACGUGGUAACUUUGGAAUUCCUAAACUGGAUGGCCCUAGUAUGGGGUAUAUAUAUCUUCUUCGCGUACGCUUUGUAAACUGAAUAGGUCGGCUUCUUGCGCUACUGGCGUAUUUUCUUCUAUUGCGUUUGGGAGGUGAGGACGAACAGUGUUAAUUAAAAUACUUAGGUUACACAAUAGCUCCUAC